UCCCCCCCCCCCCCUCCCUCUCCAGCCCCCUACCAUCACACUAGAAGAUAUACGGGGCACACAGCAUGCAACUGAGCGAGGAGCCUCUCACACCCGACAGUAACAACAAACAACUCUUCACCAGCCGCUGUAAGCUCUGAACUGCCAACAUCUUACCUUCAGUAGAGGAAAACCUGGACUUUGUACAAUGCCAUCCAGGGGGAAAUAUUUUAUCAACGAAAAUGAAACUCGGCGAAGAGCAGACUCGCUGUUUGAGACUUAUUUCUGUAUCACACAACAAUUCCCGCUGGUUUUCCUUUUCCUUCUGAUCAUUGCGGUGGCUUGUAUAUCUCUGAUCAUUGUGUUCUUUGUCAUUGAACUGAGAGUUCCGGAUCAUCUGCGUUUUUUUGUUACGUUAUGCACUGCUCUGGGGAUAUUUGUAGUGAUUUUUGUUCUCAUCUUCAUUGAGUCACUAUUUCAAAGAUGCAUGAAGAUAUUUGCCUUGUUCAUUUGGCUUUGCCUGCUCACCAUGGGCUAUGUUUUCAUCUUCACUGGUGAACGAAUCUCUGCCUGGGACCAGGUGCCUUUCUUUUUGUACAUUAUCUUUGUGUUGUACACAAUGCUGCCGCUAUCAAUGAGAGACGCCAUCAUCGCCAGCCUGCUCUCCUCCAUCUCCCACGUCCUCACCCUCAGUAUUUAUCUGUCCACCACGUCAAAGCCGCCAACCUUCCUCGCUCAGCAGCUCGUCUCCAAUGCUGUGAUAUUCCUGUGCGGCUGCCUGGUCGGCUUUUUCCAUAAGUUUUCCAUGGAACGUGCUCUGGAGCAAACCUACGAAGACACCCUCAGCUGCAUCCAAAUAGGGAUGCAAUUGGAUGUGAAGAAAAAGCAGCAGGAAAGUUUGCUGUUGUCGGUCUUGCCAGUUUAUAUAUCAAUGGAAAUGAAACUCUCUAUAAUUGAGCGUUUGAGGGAGAGUAAUUAUUACCCACACAAGCGGGAUAAUUUCCACAGCUUAUACGUGAAACGGCAUCAGAAUGUCAGCAUCCUGUACGCGGAUAUUGUGGGCUUCACCCGUCUGGCCAGUGACUGUUCACCCAAGGAGCUGGUCGUCAUGUUGAACGAACUGUUUGGGAAGUUUGACCAAAUUGCGAAGGAGAAUGAGUGCAUGCGGAUUAAAAUACUGGGCGAUUGCUACUACUGUGUCUCAGGACUGCCCGUGUCUUUACCAAAGCACGCGAGGAAUUGUGUGAAGAUGGGUCUGGACAUGUGCGAAGCUAUUGAGGUGGUGCGUGCGGUGACUGGGGUGGACAUCAGCAUGCGCGUGGGCGUACACUCGGGCAACGUGCUGUGUGGGGUCAUCGGCCUGAGGAAGUGGCAGUACGACGUGUGGUCCCACGACGUGACCCUGGCCAACCACAUGGAAUCUGGAGGCGUCCCUGGGCGUGUGCACAUCACUGCCACGACACUGAGCUACCUGCAGAAGGCGUAUGAAGUCGAAGAAGGAAAUGGUCACCAAAGAAAUGCCUACCUCAACGAGCUGAAGCUCAAAACCUACCUGGUCAUAGAUCCAAGGACCACCCAGCAGAGCCUGAAGAGCCGCCAUUUGCCAAUGCCAAGGCACUUGAAAGGAGGGCUGAAGAUGAGAGCAUCUGUCCGCAUGACCCGAUACCUGGAGUCGUGGGGAGCAGCGAAGCCCUUCGCCCACUUACAGCAGCGGGAGAGCGUCAGCAGCGAUAUCUCCACGCCCAGCGGGAAGACCAGGAAGGAAAUUCCGAUGCGUUCCCUGGGACUUCACAGGUCAUUAGACAGAAACAAAUCACAAAAAAGACGAUUUGAAGAAGAGUUGCACGAAAAAAUGAUAACAACAAUUAACGGGAUAAAUUCACACAAAGAAUCAAUUAAGUGCGGCAUCUUUGCUGGGGUAACGCCAUCUUUCAGUGAAAAGGGACUGGAGAAAGCAUAUCGGUCAGUUUGUCUUCCGUACAUGCGAUAUUAUGUUGGUUGUGCUACAUUGAUAUUCUUUUCCAUCUUUGUGGUCCAUCUGCUGGUCAUGCCACUAAAUGUUCUCCUGGGAAUAUCAUUUGGAAUUGCUGCCGCCGUGCUUCUGAUAAUUCUUUUUGUUUCCUUUGCCGGUUAUGUGAAGCUCUGGAUGAAUAAUAGCUCGUCAUCAAAUCCAUUCUUUGGAAUCUCUGAAGCUGUUACCAAGAAACCGAUACUACGCCUGCCACUGACUCUGAUCGCCAUCGUUGUUGUGCUGGUCAUUUCGGUUUUGAACUUGUAUUCCAUACCAGAAAGGCCCAGCAAGACAAAUGAGACAAAUGAGAUAAAUCUCCAUUCCCUACAAAACAACAUAACUGCUACAGGAAAUGAGACUUAUAAUCUUACUGAUAACUUACAAAAUAAGACAAAUUCUUCAGGGUGUGAGAACUACUAUCUUCCAUAUUACGUGUGCUGUUGUAUCCUGGGACUCAUCGCCUGCUCAGUCUUCCUCAGGAUUAGCUUUGAAGUCAAAGCUCUCCUCCUAAUUAUUGCCUGUGUGGUCUACAACAUCAUUUUCCUGAAGGAUUACGCUUUCUUGUUCGAGCAGUAUAAGACAUUUCUCUACGGCAGUGCCACUCCAAGUCCCACGAAAAAUCCAAAGAUUAUGGCUAGUUUUUACCUCCUCCUGUUUGGAUUCACACUGCUGUUCUUAAUAAAACAGAAUGCGUAUUACUGUCGACUAGACUUCCUGUGGAAGAAUAAAUUUAAACGGGAGAGAGAGGAAAUUGAGACCAUGGAGAAUCUGAAUCGCCUUUUACUGGAGAAUGUGUUGCCUGGACACGUUGCAAAGCACUUCAUCGGUGAAACCAAGAAGAACGAGGAAUUGUAUCAUCAGUCGUAUGACUGUGUCUGCAUCAUGUUUGCCUCAGUCCCUGACUUUAAAGAAUUUUACACAGAGUGUGAUGUUAAUAAGGAAGGACUGGAGUGCCUCAGACUGCUGAAUGAAAUCAUCGCAGACUUUGACGAGCUGUUGUCAAAGCCGAAAUUCAGCAGUGUGGAGAAGAUCAAAACCAUUGGGAGCACUUACAUGGCAGCAGCGGGCCUCAGCAUAGGCACAGGACAGGAAAAUAAACAGGAUAAGGAAAAGCCUUGCGCUCACAUUGGAAUCAUGGUGGAAUUUGCCACUGCACUGAUGAGUAAACUAGAUGGCAUCAACAGACAUUCAUUCAAUAAUUUCAAGCUGAGAGUUGGUAUAAACCAUGGGCCUGUAAUUGCUGGUGUCAUUGGAGCACAGAAGCCUCAGUACGAUAUAUGGGGGAAUGCUGUUAAUGUUGCCAGCAGAAUGGACAGCACUGGUGAACUUGGGAAAAUACAGGUGACAGAAGAGACUUGUAAAGUUUUGAGAGAGCUGGGAUAUUCUUGCGAAUCUCGAGGACUGAUCAGCGUGAAAGGGAAAGGGGAUCUCCAGACUUACUUUCUCUGCAUGGACAUGAACAAGUCGCACUGAAUCCUGAACUGACCUCGGGACAAGACACACACUGAACGCAAAAGACUAACUACUGGAGCUUGCAGUAGCGUUAAGCAAUAUUUCUCUUCACCAAGAUUGCCAUUUGCACUGGAGACGUUUAUGAAUUUUGUAUGGAAAAAAAAGUCACAGCAAUAAGUGUUAUUUUCAAAUCUGAAACCGGAAAAAAAAACCCACGCAAAUGAUAAGUACAGAGAUGACUUUUUUAUUCGAACUCUUGAGGUACAAGAAUCUUGUUAAUGACGUUGCAGUUAUUUUACAAUCUUUUAAUUUGGUGAUAACACAAUCCACUGCCUAUGGCUGACGAGUGAAUGUGGAAAAUGCAUUCAGUUUAAUUGUACAUACACGUCCGCAGUCAUUCUUUCUGUUUCAUGCCGGAAUAAUAAUAAUUUACAUAAAUUGUGAUACAUAUGGACUGUAAAUACCUGUGUCGAGGAAAAUAUUUCUAUAUUUUUUGGAUUUUAAAAAUGAACAAAAGCAUUGUUAGCAGGAUUGUACUUGUCUGAUCAGCAGAAUUGUUACAUAACACAUAUACGUUUCCUUAUCUGUGUUCACUUUAAAAAAAAAGUCUUGAGCUGAAAACUCACAAUAAGUGGAUACUGCACUGCUGAUACGUGGUUA